CACUGGUCACUAGUCCCUAGUACAGAACACCCUAACUACUAACUAAUUAGGAAUUAGGGUGUUCUGUGUCCCUAGUACAUGUUAUACGAAAUAGGAGGUUACGUGGCUCAAAUCAAAACAUAGUUCUGUUAAAAAUUAUUCGCAAACUAUAUAAUGACUAGAAUUACAUAUAUUAUAUUAUUGUUAUAUUUUUGUGUAAACCAAUGCAAAGCUUAUUUUAUAACAGUCGAUGCACAUGCUGAAGAAUGUUUCUUUGACAGAGUGGAGGCUGGCACAAAAAUGGGCCUUACAUUUGAGAUAGCUGAAGGAGGCUUCUUAGAUAUAGAUGUACGUAUCAUAGGACCAGAUGGUAAAAAUAUAUAUCAAGGAGAGAGAGAAACGUCCGGAAAAUAUACCUUUGCUGCCCAUACUAAGGGUGUUUAUACUUAUUGUUUCUCUAACAAAAUGUCAACAAUGACUCCCAAAGUUGUGAUGUUCAACAUGGCAGUUGGGGAAUCUCCUAAAUCAGAAACACAGGAAGGAGAAACAACAAAUAAACUGGAAGAAAUGAUUAAAGAACUGAGUGGAUCUCUCGGCGGAGUUAAACAGGAACAAGAGUAUAUGCAAGUUCGUGACCGUAUUCAUCGCAGCAUCAACGAAAGUACCAAUUCACGUGUUGUUAUGUGGUCCUUUUUUGAAGCUCUUAUUCUGGUAGCUAUGACUGUAGGUCAAGUCUAUUACCUCAAACGGUUUUUUGAAGUGCGACGAGUGGUAUAAUAAUGAAAGAGGUCUGCUUUGGAUCGUUCUCUAUGUAAUCUCGAUAUUCACUGUUGGUUUUGGAAAUAAUUUUAAAAUCUUUCAAAUUUCGGUCAGUUUCGAAAACUAGUACUUUAUUAUUCAUCUAGUACUUCUGAAGAUUCUUGUACAUAAAUAAUUAACUUUUGAUCAUGAGAUACACAUAUAAAUAUGAAUCAAAUCUUCAUAAUUGAAUGUUUGAAUAUUGUGUUGGGUGUUCUGGAUUUCAGUUUGUUAAUUUUUGUAUAAUAAAUUUCCCAUAUCAGGGUUUUUUUACUA